AUGACACCUUCUGUUGCUGAAAAUAAAAACGACGUCCGGAGCGUCAAACACUCAGAAACAAAACAACUGAUUUCAGCGUUCACGGAAGUUUCCGCUUCAAAACACCUCCGACAGGAACGUUCUCCAGCAACUUCUGUUCCCGCCUCUUCUUCUGCUGCUCAUCGCGAGAGGGCCGGCGCUGCAGCGCCACCCUCUGGUCCGGGCCGAUUACUGCAUCUGCUCAUCAAAACAAAAACCGUCAGGAUAAUCACGAGAUAUCCAUUUGAAUUGAUGAAGAGAAACUGUUUCUGGAGCACCGGUGCUCGCUGUGGGACUGACAUGAAUGAAAAGGACAAUAACGCAGAGAAUAUGACUUUACAGACAGACACGAAGACGUCCACGAGGAAGAGAGAGAACCCAGCUCUGCGUGCAGCAGCUUUUAUGUGCAGCCGCUCGGCUGGUUCCACGCAGGUGGAGGCGGUUCGGCCGAGGCCUCGCUUCCACCUAGACCUCUGGCUCAGCUUCACCUUGCAGAAUUGGAUCCUGGAUGUGGGUCGUCCCGUCGUCAUGCUCGUCCUCCCUGCUGAUUGGCUCCCUCUGCAGCAUCCUGGGGUUGCGGACUAUCUCCACUUCCUGUACAACGUCACGUCUCCGCUCAUACUUCUCAAAAUGCUUGAACGCAGCCCCUGGAUGCUCCCGGGCCUCGCCGUCCGCCUCGGCAUCAUCGCCGUUUCCAUGGGAACCACCCUUCACUUGGUGGCAGACUCCAUCACGAGACGCCUGCUGCUGAUUGGUUACCAGCUGCACCUGCCUGUUAGAGAGAAUCCAAUAAUGAGGAACCUCAAACCUUCGGCCCUGGUCGACUUCUUUGAGCUGCUGUUUUACUACGACGACACUGUUGGUCACAUGAUGUGGUACGUCCCUUUCUUCCUCGUCCUCGUGCUCUUCUUCAAUGGUUGUUUCAGUCGCAGGGAGCAGGAGGAGAGGAUGCCACCGUCAGCGUGGAUGCUACUCGCUCCAAAUGCUGCCUACUACUGGUAUUUAAUCACAGAAGGACAGACCUUCAUCCUCUUCACCUUCACCUUCUUCGCCAUGACCACUACAGUGAUGCAUCAGAGGAGGCGGGGCUUGUUUCUCAACAGUGACGGGCUUUUCAUGUUCUACAGUUUCUCUGCAGCUCUAAUCCUGGUGGCGAUCUGGGUGGCCUGUCUGUGGAACGACAGCAUCCUGAGAACGAAAGUCCCCGGACUGAUCUACAUCCCACGGCCCUGCACCGUCUACGCGCUCCACCUCCACCAGAUGAGCCACAUAUGACAGAGCGACUCGUUUAAUAACCACGUCCUCCAGCCGUGUUCACAGCCAGAGCGACUUACUGCACCGCUAAUCCGACAAAACGUCUGAGGAACCAGAGGCUGCGGUUAGAAAGAGAAGAAUGAGGAUCUGUCGCAGAAUCACAGGAACGCCAUGAUGAAACUGUUUAUGGUUUUCACUGGUUAUUAGAAACACAGCCUCACAGCAUCCACACGACUUUUCCACCUGUUUAUUACGGGGAUACAAAAACUGAAAGCAGCUCAAAAACCAUCAAAAAUAUUCAUUCUCCUCAGCUCAUGCUCAAAAAUGAUUUUCCCUCAGAAACAUGAAGAAUGAUGUUGAGAAAAAUGCAGCUGAAGUAUAUAAAAUCAAAUGUUUAUUUGUUUAAAUAUGUGUGGAUAUAUAUGUGGAUAAAACUGAACCAAGUAAAUGUAUCUGAAUACCCAAAGUCUCAGUUCUCAGAUCCUUUAAUUUAACCUUCUCGAGGAGUCGAAAACAUCCUCAAAAUGUAUUAAAUUCAGCGGCGCGCUCUAAUACAACCUCAGUUCAUGUAGAGAGAGGCUUCAGGCUCAGAGAGCUCCGAUCAAGAUGAAGAACAACAUCACAGUGAUGUGUUGUAUCUGAGUUAUUUCUUGUUAAAUCAUAUUUCUCAUUCAGUUCAGUUAUAUUUAUACAAAUCACAACAACAGUCGCCUCAAGGCGCUUUAUAUUGUAAGGUAGACCCUACAAUAAUACAUACAGAGAAAAACCCAACAAUCAUAUGACCCCCCAUGAACAAGCACUUUGGUGACAGCGGGAAGGAAAAACUCCCUUUUAACAGGAAGAAACCUCCGGCAGAACCAGGCUCAGGGAGGGGCGGGGCCAUCUGCUGUGAUUGGUUGGGGUGAGAGAAGGAAGACAGGAUAAAGACAUGCUGUGGAAGAGAGACAGAGAUUAAUAACAGGUAUGAUUCAGCAGAGAGGUCUAUUAACACAUAGUGAGUGAAGACGAAACACCCAGUGCAUCAUGGGAAUCCCCCGGCAGCCUACGUCUAUUGCAGCAUAACUAAGGGAGGAUUCAGGGUCACCUGGUCCAGCCCUAACUAUAUGCUUUAGCAAAAAGGAAAGUUUGAAGCCUAAUCUUAAAAGUAGAGAUAGUGUCUGUCUCCUGAAUCCAAACUGGAAGCUGGUUCCACAGAAGAGGGGCCUGAAAACUGAAGGCUCUGCCUCCCAUUCUACUUUUAAAUAACCUACAGUGAGCGAUUCACUGAGUCUGUCUUUAGACAUUUAGAAGAAUUCACAGGUUUCCAACUAAACAGCAUUUUACAGAUUUAAGUUAAAAAAAAAUGUGU